AUGAGUCUACCAUUACCAGACGGCCAACACUCUUUUCACAGAAACCAUGGCCCGCUUUGCCAGAUCGCAACUCCUGUUGGGAUGCUAGGGUACGGUUUCGACGAACAUGAAUUCGACGCAUCACUGCAACACUUGACCUCCUUUGACGUUCCCACAGCUAUCAUCUUAGACUCUGGAUCAACUGACGGUGGGCCCUCAAAACUAGCUUCUGGGAUUUCGACUUGCCCUCGAUCGUCGUAUAAGAGGGACCUCACGAAGUUGAUAAAGAUGGUGGUGAAAUACCGUAUCCAGUUGUUGAUUUCGUCGGCUGGGGGCGAUGGAAGUGAUGCUCAUGUUGAGGAGUUCGUUGAUAUUAUCAGGGAGAUUAUGGAGGAUCUUGAGAAGAAACUUACAGUCUUGACGGUAUAUGCCCAGGUUUCAACGAGUCUAGUCUUAGAAAGACUUCAACAGGGUAAAGUGGCAGGUUGUGGUCCAGUAGUUCCAACUUUGACGGUCGAGAAUGUUGAGGCUUCACCAACUAUCGUUGCCCAGAUGGGGCCUGAACCCUUGCUCCAAACCAUGACUGCUUCUCCGGAUUUCGAUAUCCUCAUCGCUGGUCGAGCCUAUGAUCCUGCCCCUUAUGUUGCAUUCUGUGCCUUCCAGGCUUUGAAAAAGAGCCCUGGAAGUUUUGAAUCAUUAGGAAGCAGUCUCUUGGGAGGCUUUACUCACAUGGGCAAAAUCAUGGAGUGCGGAGGACUCUGCGCAACACCAAAGAGUCGCGGAGCUACUGCAACAGUGUAUACGGACGGAACAUUCGAUAUCACCCCCACAGAUCCAAAGGCUAGAUGCACUCCGCUAAGUGUUGCAGCUCAUACUUUGUAUGAAAAGACCCGACCAGACCUCCUUUAUGGGCCAGGUGGAUGGCUCGAUCUGACUGAUACCAAAUAUCAGCAGCUUGAAGACGACAUCUCAAUUCGGGUUCGAGGAGCCACAUUUACCUUCACCAAAAGUACCGGAUCCCCAUAUACCGUCAAGUUGGAAGGUGCGAGGGUCGUUGGAUACCGCACAAUCUUUAUUGGAUCUUUCAGGGACCCAAUCUUGAUCGAACAAUUGCCGGAUUUCCUAGAGAUAGGACGUAAAUACGUCUCCCAGCAGCAUCCGCUAUUUGCAGGUUCCUGGAAACUUGAUUGGCAUCUAACUGGCCUGGAAAGUAUGGAUCGGUCACCUGGAUUUGUGCCCAAACAGGUCUUUAUUGUCGGAGAAAUCUUGGCCGACACUCAGGACCUUGCCAAUGGGGUUUCACAUUCAGCUCGAAUCUAUUGUACACAUGGACCGUAUCCAAACCAGAAAGGGACAUCGGGAAAUUUUGCCAUGGGGAUUGGAGGUAAGCUCGAUUUACCGUUAGGAGAAUGUGCCGAGUUUUCAAUAUACCAUUUGAUGGAUCUGGAGGCUGGGGAGGAAAGCGUGCGGGAAUUGACCACAGAUAGUGGUUUCCGAGUCAGAAGCGGUCUACCGCUCUUCAGCUGGAAGAAAGUCAUCGUGAAUGGAUCCAUUCCUGACGGUAGAGAUCCGGUCAGUGGCAGUGGCAAAAAGCCUCUUCGAAUACAAAAUCCGAAGCCUAUAGACGGGGCUGGCAAAAAGAUAUCUAUCUCUUCCUCACCUCAAACUCUUAAUGACAUAGCUAAAGUCAUCCGAUCAAAGAAUGCCGGCCCUUUCGAGCUCACCUUCGACAUCUUGUUCGAGGAUAUCCGAGUCUACCAGGCUGUGAAGAACUCUGGGCUCCUAUGCGCAGAAAUUAUUGCGAAGAUAUACAACCUCGGCUCCACUGAUGAUAUUGUGUGGUGUGGAUUCUUCGACCAUGCUCUGGCUUUCAAGGCAACCUUGCCAAGAACCCGGAAAGGUGUGGUGAUUUCUUCGGGAGGAUUUAUGGAAGAUGAUGUGCAUGGAUCACAACAGUACAUCCCUUUAAUGCAGUUGCCUUUGGGCGAUGCUUUGAUUCUGGAAUUGGAGGCACUUGCUCAUGGGCAGUGA